AUGGCGCAGAAGCCACAUCACACACCGGACGAGCAGGAGCUCGAGACGAUGGCGCAGGCCGAACUUUCGAGGCUGAAGAGACAGUACAGAAUAAUGGAGAAUGAUCGAGCAGCUUGCGUGGGGGAUGCGAGAUUGCAGCUUCGGAAUCAAUUGAACAUGGUCGAUCGUUUGGAGAUCGAGAAGGCAGAGCUUGUGCUUCGCAUUAAGACCGCGAACUCGAAAACGUUCGCUCGCGAGGACGAAGAAUUGGAGGAGAAGUUGAAGUGUCUUUUAACGCUGCAAUCGAAGUACGAAGACACGAUUAAAGCGGAGAAAGAGGAAAUAGCGGAGCUAGACGUUCACAUAAACGAGUUGUCGAAGGAAGUUACGAGCUUGAAAAUGAAAGUCCGAUCGGACGCGCAACUCAACGAGAUUUCUUUGCAACGCGAUAAAACGAUGACGGUGUUGGAGAAUCGCCUUGAAGUGGCGACGAAAAGGUUCAACCUCGUGAUCGCUCAAAACGAGAAACUACGGAACGAGAUCGACGAGUUGCUCAAGGAGAGGGCGCAAUUUACGACGAUUUGGAACAAAUUGAUCGGCCAAUUAAACAGUGGGAAGCAAAUUAUCAACGAUCUGAUAGAGCAGGCUACCAUCGCGUUCAAUCAAAGGGACGAGGAAUUGAACAAGAUUCAAGCCCUUCGCGAGAGGGGAAUGAGAGAUCUGAAAGCCCACGUAUCGGAAAUGUGCGAGCUGCAGAGAACGAUGGAUAACGAGAUGAAGCUUCAAGAGUUCCUCGCUGUAAAGGGACAGCAUCGCGAAAUGGCCGAUCUGAACGCGAAACGUGCAGCCGAGAAGAAAGCAAAGAUGGAAGAGAAACAAAAUAUGAUUGCUAAUUACAAGCAAAUUCUACAGAUGAUCAAAGAAUUCACUGGUCAGCAAGAUAUUGACAAGCUCACGGCGCAUUUCAUUAAGCAAGAAGAAGAGAACUUUGCUUUGUUCAGUUACGUAAACGAAUUGAACGACGAGCUGGAGAGUCUGCAGACUAGGAUGAUACAGCUGACAGCGGCCAUAGACGAGGCGAAUAUCGAAACUGAACGUCGUGGUGCACAGCAAACCGAGACAUUGGAGAAGCUUCAGACAGAACUUGAAGAGCAGACAGCUCUCGCCGACACGGCUGAAGAAAGUCUGACAGAGUGCAACGACGUGGUGGAGAAGCUGCUGAAAGGAAUAGAUUCUCUGUUCAAAGCGAUACGCUGCGACAAUGCGCCGAUUUUAGAGUUGCUGGGCGACAACGAGCAGAUAACAACGAGCAACGUUAUGUUGUAUCUGGGUAUCAUUGAAAAACGUAUCACGGAAAUGUUCCACAAAGUGUAUUGGAUGGACAAGGCUACCAAAUCGCAGCAUCUGCGACUCGACGAAGACAAACGACCCAGAUUGAAAGUUCCCCCUAUAAAAUACAUCGCUCGUACCCAACCUUGUGCCCUAUGCGUCGAAAAGGAAGAAUUACAAAUGGUACACGAAGGUCUGGAGCAGCCGCUGACACGCGACGAAGCCACUAAAAAGUUAAAAGAAAGGCUCGAACAAGACUAUUCCGAUCUACUGCAUAACAUAUCCGGCUGUCACUUACCGGCGGCUAGAAAAAUCAUACAAAAGAGAUAUCAAUAA